GGAGGAAGGAGGAGGAGGAGGAGAGGGGCGGUCGGGCGCUUGAAUAAAACCUGAGGGGCUCGGGAGGAAGGCAGACGGGGAUGGUGUGUGUGUGUUUUUCUUCCUACGCCACUUUUAUCCCGUGAGGGGGACGAGGGAAGGAAAUACAACAACAACAGCGACAAUAACAAAACUAUAAAUGAUGAUAAAGCUGUAAGUGCGCGGAGGCCAGCCCAGAGGAAGACGAGGGCUGAGGAAAGGCGGGCGCAGCCGAGGACCCCCGUGGGUCGCGCUGCUCCCCCCGCCGGCCAAACUUUGGGCGCACAGCCGCUGGCACACUCCCCUCGCACACUCACACACACAGUCACUCACUCACUCACACACACACACUCGCACACUGACGUCUUUUGCGCAUUUCCUGCACGGGAGCGAGCGGCGGAGCGGCGGCGGGAGGCGGGGAGGGAAGGACGGACAGAGGGAGGGAGGGAGGCGGCGGCUCUGCCCAUCGCCAGGGCGGCGGCCGCCCAGCCGGAGCCCGCCGAGCCCCGCUCCGCACCGCUCCGCGCCCCAUGCGCGGGGGUGGCCGCGCUGGGUCCCCGGCCUUGGCGGAGGACGACGAGGAGGAGGAGGCGCGGGGGCUGCUGCCGGUGCUGCUGCUGCCGCCGCUGCUGCGGGCUGCGGCGCGGAUGGAAGGUCCCCGGGUGGAUGGCUGCUGCUGCUGAGCGGAGGCUGUGCCGUAGGCAGGGCUGGGGGGGCGGCCGGUGCUGGUGAUUCGUGCGGGUGUUUGUGUGUGUGCGUGGAGUGGUGCGGUGCUGCUCCGGGGCAGGGCUGGCGUGUGCGGGAGCCUCGGGUCGCGGCGCUGCCUCCCUCGCACGGCCCGAGCCGGGAUUAUGGUCUAGGAGGAGGGAGGAGGCUUUCGCUCGCCCCCCGGCUCUGCCCUGCCCGGGUUUUGGGGGGGUUUGUGCAGCCGCCGACGCCUCCCCCUCCCCUGCGGCCCCCCUCCCUUGUUUUCCGUUAGAAACACGGGCGAGAAAAUAAAUGCAUUCACUGGGUGUCGCAAGAGCAAAGGCUAAAUAACCAGAGGUAGCGGCACGGCGAGGGUCGGAGCCGCGCUGCGCCCCGCUCCCCCCCUCAGACCUGCCCCCCUAUUUAUUGGCGAGACCUCCUUCCCUGCUCCCCUCCUUCUCUCCCUCCCUCCUUCCCUCCUUUCCUCCCUCCCUCCUUCCCUCCCUCUCUGUGCGAGCGCGUUGUGCGAGUGUUUGAUCCCAGGAAAAGUGCAGCCGUCCAGCCAUGGUGGUUUUCAAUGGCUUGCUGAAAAUCAAGAUCUGUGAGGCAGUGAAUCUGAAACCCACGGCGUGGUCGCUGAGGCAUGCGGUGGGUCCCAGGCCACAGACCUUUCUGCUGGACCCUUACAUAGCCCUCAAUGUGGACGACUCCAGGAUCGGGCAGACCUCCACCAAGCAGAAGACCAACAGUCCCGCUUGGAACGAUGAAUUUGUCACCGACGUUUGCAACGGCAGGAAGAUAGAGAUGGCUGUUUUCCACGAUGCCCCCAUCGGGUACGACGAUUUUGUAGCUAACUGCACUAUCCAGUUUGAGGACUUGCUGCAGAACGGGAGCCGCCACUUUGAGGACUGGAUUGACUUGGAGCCAGAAGGGAGAGUGUAUGUCAUCAUAGACCUUUCAGGAUCAUCAGGUGAAGCACCCAAAGACAAUGAAGAACGUGUAUUUCGGGAACGAAUGCGCCCUAGAAAGCGGCAGGGUGCUGUGCGACGCAGAGUACAUCAGGUUAAUGGACACAAGUUUAUGGCCACCUAUCUUAGACAACCAACAUAUUGUUCACAUUGCAGAGAUUUUAUAUGGGGUGUAAUAGGAAAACAGGGAUACCAGUGUCAAGUUUGUACUUGUGUAGUCCACAAGAGAUGCCAUGAACUUAUAAUCACGAAGUGUGCUGGCUUAAAAAAACAGGAAACUCAUGAUGAGCAAGUGGGAUCCCAGCGUUUCAGUGUCAACAUGCCUCACAAGUUCAGCAUUCACAAUUAUAAAGUACCCACUUUCUGUGACCACUGUGGUUCAUUGCUCUGGGGUCUUCUGAGACAAGGUUUACAAUGCAAAGUUUGCAAGAUGAAUGUACAUCGACGCUGUGAAACAAAUGUGGCACCAAACUGUGGAGUGGAUGCUAGAGGCAUAGCUAAAGUUCUUGCAGAUCUUGGAGUCACUCCAGAUAAGAUAACUAAUAGUGGGCAGAGGAGGAAAAAGCUAAUUGCAGGUGCCGAGACUCAACAACCGGUUCCUGGAAGCACAUCAUCGGAAGAAGAUAGGUCAAAGUCAGCACCAACUUCUCCAUGUGAUCAAGAAAUCAAAGAGCUGGAAAACAACAUUAGGAAAGCAUUAUCAUUUGACAACCGAGGAGAGGAACACAGGGCAACAGCUACAACGUCAGCAGACAACCAGCUUAACAAACCUGGGGAAAAUGGUGAAAAUGGGGAGGUCAAGCAAGCCCAGACCAAGCGAAUAGGCCUUGAAGAGUUCAACUUCAUCAAAGUGUUAGGGAAAGGCAGCUUUGGCAAGGUAAUGUUAGCUGAACUAAAAGGAAAAGAUGAAGUGUAUGCAGUGAAAGUCUUGAAAAAAGAUGUCAUACUUCAAGAUGAUGACGUAGACUGCACAAUGACAGAGAAGAGAAUUCUGGCAUUAGCACGGAAACAUCCAUACCUAACACAACUUUACUGCUGCUUCCAGACAAAGGACCGCCUCUUUUUCGUCAUGGAAUAUGUAAAUGGAGGAGACCUAAUGUUUCAAAUCCAGCGCUCACGCAAAUUUGACGAACCUCGAUCCCGCUUUUAUGCAGCAGAGGUCACAUCAGCACUCAUGUUUCUUCACCAACAUGGCGUCAUCUACAGGGACCUGAAACUGGACAAUAUUCUUCUGGAUGCAGAAGGCCACUGUAAACUGGCUGACUUUGGGAUGUGCAAAGAAGGGAUUCUGAAUGGAGUGACCACCACAACCUUUUGCGGCACGCCUGACUAUAUAGCUCCAGAGAUCCUCCAGGAGUUAGAAUAUGGCCCUUCAGUAGACUGGUGGGCUCUGGGUGUUCUCAUGUACGAAAUGAUGGCUGGGCAACCCCCCUUUGAAGCUGACAAUGAAGAUGAUCUCUUUGAAUCCAUCCUUCACGAUGAUGUCUUAUAUCCAGUCUGGCUCAGUAAAGAAGCCGUCAGCAUUUUAAAAGCAUUCAUGACAAAAAAUCCAAAUAAGCGACUUGGCUGUGUGGCAUCACAAAACGGGGAAGAUGCGAUUAAGCAGCAUCCGUUUUUCAAGGAAAUUGACUGGGUUCUUCUAGAACAAAGGAAAAUCAAGCCACCCUUCAAACCUCGGAUUAAAACCAAAAGGGAUGUAAAUAACUUUGAUCAAGACUUUACACGAGAAGAACCAGUAUUAACGCUAGUGGAUGAGACAAUUAUAAAACAAAUCAAUCAAGAAGAAUUUAAAGGGUUCUCAUAUUUUGGAGAAGAGCUACUGCCAUAGACAACGUUAGGCUGACAGAUGAAUGAUGCUGCAAGAAGUGAUUCUGAAGAGAUCGUCAAAUUACUGAAACUCAGUAGAUCAAGAACUACUUCUCUUACCCUGAGCCCAUAUCCCUGAUUUAAGUAUAUAUUUAUUGUUUUUUUUUCUUUAAUCUUCUGACAUGAAAGCACUCUUAAUUUCUGUCUCACAAAGCAAUGCAAAACAAUUUUGUAUCAGAAAUUGUAGAUGUAACACACUGCCGUACAUUUGCAACUUUUCUUUUAUUCCUAAGAUUUCCCCAGAGGACAGAGUUGCAUCUUUUGCAUGGAAAAUGGAGCUCGGCGAUUAAAAGCGAUUUAACAGACCAUGUCAUGUAAUUGUCAUAUGCAUUUAAGCUAAGAGGUUGAAACUGUUUCUUCUGUACCAGUGGUUACGGUGAGAUCCGUACUCAAAUGUGGAACAAAUAAGUAAUAUAUUGCUCUUCGGGAUGCAAAGAAGUCGGCCUUCUUGGAGGUGUAGUCCUCAGUUAUGAAUGUCUUAUUGCAGUGAGGUACAAACGUGAAAUAAAGCUGUCCAGAAGAAGCAGCACAUCAAUUAAGGUUUUUGAUGAAGUUCCUCGUAAAAUUUAGGGAAAAGAUUUAGGAAUAAGAAGAGUCAUGAAGAUAAAUGAAAAUUUAUUUAAAGCAGGAAAUAGUUACUAUUUAGAUGGAUAUUAAAGGGCUAAGGAAUAAAAAGCCUAUAGUACUUUAUCACAGCUAUUUAUAGGCAUUUUACAGUUUUUCAGGCAAUUGGGUAUACUAUCCAUGUUACUAAAUUGAAUAUCCAUUUAAAUGAACCAUUAAUGUGAUGGCAAGCUUGCAAAUGUUUACAAUUAAUUUUACAUUAAAAGUUAAUUAUAAACAUUAUAAAUUUGCCUUUUCCAUUGUAGCUAAGUUGAUAAAUAAUUUCUUAUUUAUAUUUAUUUUGUCAGCAGUGUGUUACUUUUGCACACUUUUACAAAACCAUAAUACUACUGUGUUUGUUGUUUCUAUGUUUAAAAUCUAAAAGAAAUCUACUUUUAGAAGACACAAAAUAAGGCUAUACAUGCAUUAUGUGGAAGUGUGUUGAAAAACUGAAGAUCAAACAUUCACAAACUGACAUUAUUGAAAGUUGUAAAUUGAUUUUUUUUGUGUAUUAAUUGAAAUGGUAACUCAUGUGGACAAUAUUACUAAUGUGAAGUUACCUCCUGUAGAUAUGCUAACAGUGUUAUGUACUUAUAUUUCCAGGAGUACCCUGUGGUUUUUGUUUUGUUUUGUUUCUUUUGUUUGGUUUGUUUGGGGGGGGUUUGUUAUUCUUUUUUUUUUUUUUUUUGUGUACAUGUAUCGCUGAGGUCAUUUUAUUAUAUAUUUUACUGGACUGAGUGAGCGGUCAUUGGAAUCCAUUUUAAUUGUUGCACAUGGAUUUCCAGCUGCACAAAAUAUAUAUACUUGUGAUUGGCAAAGUGGCACUAAAGAAGCUUUUUUGCCUUUUGUACAGGUGAGAUUUUGUAUAUAGUGUUUGCUGCAAGGCCUGUGGAAUUCAUUGAAUAUAGAGGUAUCAACUGCUGCAUGUUCAGGCAUACUAUUAAAAUGUUAGUCUAUGAAAGAAUAAUUAUAAUAAUGUCCAUGUGCAAUACUCUUGUAUGUGUAUUGGUUCAAGUUACUGUCAGAGAGAUGAGGUUUUUGUUAUAAAAAGAUGUAGACAUAUAUUAAGCUAUACUAAAUCUCCUGUAUAGUUCUCUUCAACUCUAUUAUGAUAUGAUAGAGCUAAGAAAGAGAAGGAACGUUACAAAUUGUGGUGGACAAAGUGUGAAUCAUUGGCUUUAAGAGAUAAUCUUGGUCUCAAGCAGAUGAGUUAGUUUGUGUCAGUUUUACGUCUGGCUGCUCAUAGCCUGUUACUGAUGACAACAUUCAGUUCCAUUUUGUUUUGUUUUUAAAACUCAGGUGUAAUUAUUAUAUAUAUUCUUAUGAUGAUUUCAAAAUAUUAAAUAUUAUGAUAUAUCAAUUAAUGUGUUGUCUGGCCUACAGGUGUAAUAAUGGAUCAAGCCUUUAGUUUAAUUUAAUUUAUCUUCAGUAAUCUUUUGUACUGGGAAAAGACUAGCUUCUGGAGCUGAGUACCAGCACAGAAACAUCUUAAUGAUUGCAUCAUCUCAAUGUUUAAAUUUCUUUCUCUUUUAGAAAUAUAUUGUAGAACUGCCCAUCAAUUCGUGUCUCACUACUGGCUCUGUUUAUUUCUCAUCACAAUUAGCUUUUGACAUCCAGGCAAGAACUGAUCACAAUGCUGAAGCAUUCCUUUCCAUAGGUGAGCAGACUGGCUAGGAAGGCAAGUUAUUGGAUAGUGCACUACUGUUUGUACAACAAGAGGCCUUUACCUAAAACUAUGAGCAUUUAUUUUGAAGGAAUAAAAGCAUCCCAUAAAGCUUUUGUAAGUAAGCUAUAUUUCCAUUUCUAACGCAAAGAUAAUUAGCAAAUGUUUGUACUUAAGAGGCCUCGGCACCUGCAUUAUUUGGUAGGAUGCUAAGAGAAAAGUCAAGGAGAUCAAAACUUUUGCAUGGGCAGAUAUUUCUUCAAUAUAAAUAGUUAGAUCCUCUGCAUUGGGUUUACAUCAGAAGGUUUGUCUGUUACCUUGAACAUUUUUUAAAAAUAAUUCUUAAAAAUGGACAUUUACGUUUCUGCCUAUUCUGUAAAAUCUUUCCUGUUCCUUCUUUGUAAAAUGAGUGCAAAAUGCCAAAAAGAUUAUUAAUAAUAAUAAUGAUUAUAAAGAAUCCAUUGCUUCUUGUUUUUCCUCCCAAAUAGACUUUAUUAAAAAAAAAAAAAAAAAGAAAAACAUUUUUCUCCAUAGGGUGAAAAAUAAUUAUCUCCAAAAA